CCUAAGUAUUUAAUGUAUUAUAGAGAUAACUAUUGAAUGACAUAAAUCUCACAUCUGAAUUUCCCCACUAGGGGGCAAUAACGGGUAUUUCUAUUCUAUUCUUCUAUUUUACCACUCUGUUGAUGUUGUGACCUUUUGGUAAAAUAGAAAUAACCCCACCCUCUAUGCUGUCCCCUUCCCACACAAAUCUUACAACACAUUAAAUAAUACUGACCAUUGAAAAAAAAAAAAAAUAAAGCUAAAAGGUCCCAAAUGAAUUAAAAUUAAAUUAAUAAGUCGCUAUUUCCAACCAAUGGCGAUAGAAGAGGAUUCCUGAGCGGCGCGUGCGAAUACUAGAUUCCUCGCUUCGUGCACUUUAGCAUUGCUUUAACCGUUAGCUAAAUAUAUUUCUGUUUAAUACUUUUAAUGUUAGUUGUUAGUAGAGUUACUGUAUCGAAAAUCCUUUACUUACACCCAUUACAAAUGAACUGGGUCGGGGGUUCCAGGAACAGGCUAGUGAUGAGGAAUGAUUCAAAAAAGCAAAAGGAGUUUUUUGCAAAGAGAAAACUGCAGCAGAAACUGAAGAACAUGGGCGUAGUUCCGUCCGCAUCCUCAGCUGGGGACCUCUGCUCCGGGAGCACAGAUCUUCUGACCUUGUUUGUUGUCAACCAGAUCGCUUCCAAAAAAACAAAUCAAGAACCUCCAAAAGUAGCAGUUUUUGGCAGGUCUAAAGGAUCCAAGCAUCGGAGAAAUGAGCCCAUAGUGCUCCCAAUGAGCCCGUGUUCCCCAUCACAUCUCAGCCUCGCCGAGAGCCCGGCUCAGUCCAGUGUUCGAGACAUCAGAAAGCGAAAUAGUCCACAGAGGAUCAAGUACGGACAGUUAUCACCAGUACUGGAGUCAGGGUUUUCAGACAACAGUGCAUCUGACUACCUGCCACCCAUAAAUGACCCAGCCACUUCCAUCUCCUCGUCCACAUCAUCCGCUUCAGGCCAAGGAUUAUUCCCACUGCAGAUAAUGCAGAAACAAAGCCUGACUCAGUCACAGCCUCUUCCUCACUUUUCUCCUGUACUCUGGGACACAUCAGUGCUGCAGCAAGCUGAGUUUCAGCCCUUCUCCCAGCCCAGAGGUAUGACAGAUCCCGUCUCCUGGUCUGUCAGAUCUAACCCACAACCCUUCCAGCUACAGACCCCCACAACAUCCCAGCUCCUAUUUGGAAGUCCAAAACCAGAUGAAACUGAAGCAAGAGGUCAUAAAGGACAUUUAGGUCCCUUUAUUCUGAGUCAACUGGAGCCCAAACAGCCCAUGCUGGAAGUUCCAAUCAGCCUGUCUGAACCCAUACAUCUGUUUGAAGAAGAAGUCGUCAAGACGUUUAAUGAUAAUAAGCAUGGAACAGAAAGUGCUCCCUUUGGGAAUGCAUGCUCAAAUGUAUACCUCAGAGAUGAACCAUCUUUGAGGCCUUCAUGCCCUCAAACCGUUCCCAGCUCUCAGGCUGUUGUGAUGAAGCUCUCCAACUGCUCUGACACAGACUCCUCAUGUCUCAGACAAAAUGCUGGGCUUUUGAAAAGCUUUGAAUAUUCGCCAAGUUGCUCAUGCAGAGCAGGUUACUUCAGUUCAGACUCCGGUGAUGACGAACCUUGCUGUGAGUCAUGUCACCAAGACUCUGCUUUUUAUUUGGAUGAAAGCUGGUGUUCUGAUAAUCUGAGGUCAGCCUCACAGAGAAUUACAGUCCUCUCCCAGCCGAGGCCUCUCACCCCAGUAAUGACAUUCAAAAUGAAUGCUGGAGACAACCAAAACAUUACGGUGAGUGAGGCCAGCACAGAUAAAGCCUCUGGAAGCCAGCAGACAGGGAGCUUCAUGGCUCUGUCAUCAUCUCCUCGCCCUUUGGGUGAAACUCAUAACUCAGAAAUGUGUAGAUGUAAGAAAACGCUCACUGAGAGUCAAGAUGCAGGGACUCAGACAGUAUACACCGGCGCAGCUGACACUUGUGAUGCUUCGACUCAGUGCAGCUUUGUCGCAAACGAGACCAGAGCCUCGGGCUUCACUUUGUGUCGACCAGCUGUUGACACGUCACAACAGUUUCCAGCAAAUGAGACGGAGACUGAUUUGGAGCCACAGACACCCAGUGCUCCAUCAAAAAGCUCAGCAAGUAAAGACGGAGUUUCUUCUUGGAGUUGGAUGAAAUCAUCUGAUACAGGAAGCAGGAAUUUCCACAAUGUUAUUGCAGAUAAGGUUCUACAAGGACCCAUCAACCCUCUACUUGGUGUUUGGAGCUCAAAAGGAGAGGAAAAUGGAGAGAGGAGAGAGCAGACAGGGCAAGAUGAGAACAACCCUCUGGUGAAAGAGGUGUCCGUUGAAGGAAGACAGGAGGUCUCUUCUGCCGGUAGAGGUCACACACUCUCAGAGGAGGUGGAGACGCUUCGGGAAAUAGCCGACGUUUUACUUCUGUUGAAGCAGAGGAAGAAUGAUUAGAAGUGAUCGAAGGAUGAAUGUAUUUUAAAAUUUGUUAACCACAUAAAAGAAUCUGUUAGUUGUGUUGUAAUAUAAUGAAACAAAAAGCCUUUAAGCAUUA